AUGGUAGCAAUAAGGGAGGAAAGGGAUGCCCGUAGAGAGGAGUGGGAGGCCAGAAGAGAGGAAAGAGAAGCAAGGAGAGAAGAGGAAGAGAGAAGGCUGAAAGUUAUGACAAKUGAAUUGGAGUUGAAAAAAUUAGAACAAGAGAAAGUGAUAAGAAAGUUACAAACUGUUCAGAUGAGAGACAUGAGAGAGGGAGAAGAUGUUGAUGACUUUUUCAGGGUUUUUGAGUUGACUGCCAAAUCCUUACUUGUGCCGAAAGUUCAUUGGUUGGGUAGCUUAAUUCCGAAGCUGAGUGAAAGGGCCAAGUCGGUGUACCUUGAAAUGAAAGAUCCCGAUGCACAAGACUAUGAUAAAACCAAACUGGCUAUACUCGAGUCUUAUCAGUUGACGGUAGACCACUACAGGUAUCGGUUCCGCCAUUCCGAGAAACUACCCGAAGAAGAUUUUGUUCAAUGGAUGAGGAGAASUARGCGUUAUCUAGAUAGGUGGAUGACRGUAGCGAAAGCAACUGAUUCAGCUGACAAGAUCCUAGAACAAUUUACUAUGGAAAGAAUGUUGGAAGCYGUUGGUCCCGAACUKCGUACUUGGUUAAAAGAGAAAAAGKUUGAAACGGCAGAAGAAYUAGCCAAAAUAGCGAAUGAGCAUGUCCAAGCCAGGAAAGGUCCUAUAAUAGAUGGCAGGUACAUUACUACUGAAAAACCUAGACCCAGGAAACCACCCGAGAAACCGAUAGAGAAGCYACCGGGAAAAGAAUUACCAAAAGAGGAAAAGAGGACGAACUCUGACUUCCGUGGUAAGUGCUUUAAAUGUAAGCAACCCGGGCAUAUCUCAAUCCAUUGUCCAAACAACAAACCUCUAACACAGCAGAAGUUCCCUGGCAGUGGCUAUUUAUGUUUGACACCCCUAGAUGAAGAAGAACGAUCUUCAGAGUACUUUGUUUAUGGUUCUAUUGCCGAAAUACCCGCAAAGAUGUUGGUAGAUACAGGUUGCAGUCGCACUUUGAUACAUCGCAAGUUUGUAUCCAAGAHGAAAGACCUUGAUGAAAACAUAACCAUUCUUACAGCUUCUGGUGAGAGAGUUGUAGUACCACUUGCUUGGGUGGACAUACAAGUAGAGAAGGGUAAGUAUAGGGAAUUAGUUGGAGUUGUGAAUAAUUUACCUGUUGAUUGUUUGUUAGGUAGGUCUUCAUUUGGACGAGUCUUUUCAAGAGAUGACUUGCUUAAGUAUUGGGAAGUAGACGUUGACGAUAUCGCACUGGUGACCACCCRUAGUCAAGACAGACUAAGAGUCUUGGAGAGGAGGGAAAAAUUAAUGGACCGCGAAAACGAAUUGGCAGCGAGAACGCUAUCAACUGGUGAGGACCAAGAACCGAGAGUUGAGAAUGGUAACGGGGAAGAUUGUGCAAAAGAAGGAUCGAGUAUGGGUUCAAAGGAAAUCGAGGUACAAGUAUCGCAAGUAAAUAUUUUAGAUAGAACCAUUAUUCAGGUCAUUCAAGAUCAGAAAAAUGACGUCACGCUAAAGCAUUGUUUCGAUAUAGCCACUAAAGACGCACCAAAAGAAAAAGAUGGAUAUUUCUUCCAAAAUGAGUUACUGUUACAUCGCAAAGUUAAUAACAGUGAUACUAAUGAGUCAUCUUGUGUAGAUAGAAUUGUCGUUCCAGAAUCCUAUCGACCAGAAAUCCUACGAAUAGCACAUACCAUUSCAUUGGCUGGACAUUUGGGUAAGGAAAAGACAAUCGCUAGGAUAACCAGACACUUCUACUGGCCAAAACUCUCGUUUGACGUGAAUAAAUUCUGUGCUACAUGUCCUGAAUGUCAAUUAGUUACCAGAAAAAUGACUGCGUUGAGAGCUCCAUUACGGCCAGUGCCCAUAGAAAUUGAACCUUUUAGAAAGAUUGCCAUUGAUAUAGUAGGAGAGCUACCAAGGUCGAAAACGGGAUGUAAGUAUAUAUUGACGAUAAUAGAUUACGCAACACGUUAUCCAGAAGCUUUUGCUUUACGAAACACGAAUUCUAAGACGAUAGCAGAUGCACUUAUCAUGUUAUUUACCAGAGUAGGUAUACCAGAGGAGAUAGUCUCAGACCAAGGUGCUAACCUUAUUGGUAAGUUAAUGGCGCAGUUAUACGAGCAGUUGGGUAUAACUCACAUUAAGACGUCGGUUUACCAUCCAGAGGCCAACGGACUUGUCGAACGGUUCAAUGGUACUCUAAAACACAUGCUACGUAAAUUUGUAUCGGACAACGUGAAUCAAUGGGAUAAGUAUAUACCCUAUUUGUUAUUUGCAUAUAGAGAAGUACCUUGUUCUUCAACUGGGCUAUCACCGUUCGAACUUCUCUAUGGUCGUUCUGUAAGAGGUCCUCUGGCCAUUGUUAAGGAAACAUGGAUGGAGAAGGAACCACAAGAGAGUGAAUUAGUAUCUCAUGUUUUACAAAUGCGCAAGCGCCUACUUACAAUGCAAAAURUUGUAUCUCAGAKUAUGAAGAAAAGMCAAGCUCGACACAAGAAGAACUACGACAGGAAAAGCUCAGACCGUAGGUUUGAAGUUGGAGACCGAGUCCUUGUUCUGUUACCUACACCAGGUAGUAAGUUGGAAACGAAGUGGCAAGGACCUUACCAAGUUACUGGUGUGAAAAAGGAAGGAAGAGCGUAUGAGGUUGACACGGGUAAGAGUAAGAAACAACUUAGAACUUACAACAUCAACUUGCUGCGACGCUGGCAAAGUAGAGAAGAAUCUGUAGCUGCUUAUGUCACAGAGAAUCCAUCAGAGKCGGCUUUACCACACGAGAUGAAUUUACCGCGCAUAUCAAAUGACGAGACUUGGAGAGAUGUAAGUAUUUCCCAUGAAAUUGACGGCGAUCAGCGCAAGGAAGUUGAUAGUAUCCUAGAGGAAUUCUCGGAUGUGUUCUCCGGGAAACCCAAUCAAACCACUGCUGCUGUACACCGUAUCGAUACUGGAGACGCUGAACCGAUCCGUUCUUGUUCAUACGACGUUCCACAGAAACUCGAGAGAGCAGUCCUAGAGGAGAUAGACCAGAUGCUCGAAAUGGACAUAAUUGAACCCUCUAAUAGUCCUUGGGCGUCACCUGUCGUGAUAGUCCCAAAACCAGAUGGUAGUAUACGGUUGUGUGUCGACUACAGAAAACUCAACCGGKUGACCARGAUGGAUGCGUUUCCUAUUCCUAGAAUGGACAGAAUGCUAGACAGAGUUGUUGUAUGGACCGAAGACGAGGAGAGAGCUUUCAUUGAUCUCAAGGGAGCGCUUACACGRGGACCUGUUUUAAGACCCCCUGACUGGUCUUUAGAGUUCUUAGUCCAGACUGAUGCAUCGAAUCGGGKUCUCGGGGCAGUUCUCAGCCAAAAGGACGCCAAUGGAGAAGAACACYCUAUKCUGUAUGCAAGUCGAAAGCUCCAACCACGUGAGCAAAACCUGUCCACUACGGAAAAAGAGUGCCUCGCAAUAGUUUGGGCUUUGGAGCUAUUUAGAUACUAUCUGUAUGGUAGACAUGUAAUCCUGCAGACAGACCACAAUCCACUUGUUUGGUUAUCAAAAGUAAGAGACAAGAGCAGAAAACUUCUACGGUGGAGUAUAACUGUGCAAGAAUAUGAUGUCGAGUUCAGGCAUAAAAGUGUUGGCAAUCGCUUGUCUCUACACCUGAAGUCGUUAAACCUUUACGAGGGUGAGUCCGCACAUAGCUUCCGUAGUGGCUGUGCGAUAACCCUGACACUCCUUGGCGUUUCACAAGAAGAGGUCGCUAAGCAUGUGGGAUGGAAGUCUGUUGCCACAGCAGAGUAUUACACCCAGUGUAGUAAGGUCAUGGGCUCUGGAAAGACUGCAUCAACACUUGCGACUGCAACAACACCAGCGGGAGAAAGCCACUUUACCUCAACAGGCCUUCCAGGCAAACAAUGA